AUGCCGGCUGGCCGAGCACGAGCGCACGCAUACAGGGGCGCGUCCCUUCCGCUGUCUCUUCCCGGCUGCACCAAAACAUACAUGCGCGAUACGCACCUAGCCGUACACGCACAGACGCAUUUGGCAGAGGAGCAGCGCAAACACGGGUGCCCGCAUGCCGGGUGUACGAGCCGGUUCACCACCAGCCAGCACCUCAAGCGGCAUAUCUCCGCCAUGCACUCGGCAGGGGCCGGGGGGCCGGGGGGUGGGCAGGCUUAUGGGUGCCCGGAGGAGGGCUGCGCAGAGUCGUUUGCGAAGCGCAACAAGCUGCACGCGCACAUAUGCGUGGCGCACAAUGGCGCAGACCCGCACCGGUGCGCAGAGCCUGGGUGCACGGCGGCAUUCCGCUACCCGUCGCAGCUGCGGCGCCACCGCAUCACGCACACAGAGGCGAUCCAAUACCGGUGCAUCGAGGACGGGUGCACCGAGGUGUUUGCCAAAUGGUCGGAGCUGCAAGCGCACCGCCGCUCCCACCGCCGCACCCACCGGUGCCUUGUGUGCCAGGCGGAGUUCGCACGCACGCACGCGUUCAACAGACAUAUACUCACCCAUGAGCCGGACCGGCCUGUGUUUGCCUGUCCGCGCGAUGAGUGUGCGCGAUUCUAUCUUGAUGCGAACUCGCUUCGGGCGCACAUCGCCGCCGUGCACUGCGAGGAGCCGCGCCGGUACAUGUGUGAGCGCGAGGGAUGUGGCAAAGCGUAUGCCUAUGCGCAUUCGCUGCGGAGGCAUAUGCAAAAGUCGAAGCCACGGCCGCUGAAGCUGCCGACGCCAUUGGAGGUUGCCUCGGGCAUGGCGUAUGCCGAUCCACAGGUCUCGGGCCGCGCCCUGCCGUGCUCACAGCCGGGCUGCGCCUUCCGCUUCAAGCGCACCAUCGAGCUGGACGUGCACAUGGCCGCUGUACACGGCGUUGCAUGCUCACCAGUGCCGACUUGA